GCAGAUAACAAGCCCGCGCCAUGCAGUCCUUUCGAGAAAGGUGUGGUUUCCAUGGCAACCAGCAGAGCUACCAGCCGACUUCACAAGAUACAUCACGCCUGGAGAAUUACAGGCAUCAAAGUCAGGCAGGGCCGAACUGCGAGCGGCAGAGGCUGGUGGCGAAGGAGUACUACAGUCAGCAGCAACUGCCAUACGCGGGCUAUGAGAACAGCGCCGCGGAGAAAUACCACCGGGGAAACAAGCAAUUAGCAGGGCAGCAGCUGCAAGGCAGGCCGGCCUUUUCCAAUUACGCUGUGCAGGAGAACAGCCCUUACCCAGCGCGCUAUUCGGGGGACGAGAGCCUGCAGGCGUGGGGCGGGCAGCCACCAGCGCUGCCCAAGUAUGAGGACAGCCUGAUGAAGAAGACGUCGCCGGCAGCAGGAGGGCGGCCGUACCACGAGCCGGCAGCGGCUCCACUGCCCUUCCGGACUCACUUCCCACAGCAGCAGCCGCAGCAGCCGCCCGCGCUGCCCUACCCCAAGCUGCAGCGGCAGAAGCUGCCCAACGACGUCUCCUCGCCCAUGCCCUUCUCACAGAGCCCCCAUUUUGGGCAGCACUCACAGUCCUUCCCCGCCUCCUCCACCUACUCCUCUGUGCCAGGAGGCAGCCAGCCGGCACAUUCCUACAAGAGCUGCACAGCACCUUCAGGGCAGCCGCCGCUGGAGCGGCCCCUGGGCAGUGCCGCCAGCCUCGCCCCUGGCCCCCGUGUGCCCAACCUGCACGGCUACCAGCCCAACCGCAUCGGCUAUGAGCAGCCCCCGCAACCGCCCCCACAGCCCCCGCCACCACCACAGCCCCCGCAGCCCCCGCAGCCUCCUCAGCCCCAACCUCAGCCCUUGCAGGGGAGGCAUCACGCCCCAGAGAGCCUCCACUACCAAAACUUGGCCAAGUAUCAGCAUUACAACCAAGCGGGGCAGACCUACUGCCAGGGUGACGCACCGCCCGUCCGCACGCCGGAGCAGUACUACCAAACCUUCAGCCCUAGCGCCAGCCACUCGCCGGCACGCUCCGUCGGUCGCUCCCCAUCCUACAGCUCUACGCCAUCCCCGCUCAUGCCCAACCUGGAGAACUUUCAGUACAGCCAGCAGCCUCUCAAUGCCGGUGCCUUCCCAGCCGGCAUCACUGACCACAGCCAUUUCAUGCCGCUGCUCAACCCCUCUCCCACUGACGGGACGAGCCCGGAUGCUCAAUCUGGGAAUUGCAAGAAUUUGCCGAAGGAGAAACUGCCUGAAAACCUUCUGUCAGAUCUGAGCCUGCAGAGCCUGACGGCACUCACCUCCCAGGUGGAGAACAUCUCCAACACCGUCCAGCAGCUGCUGCUUUCCAAAUCAGCCGUGCCCCAGAAAAAGGGCAUCAAGACCCCAGCGAGGACCCCUGAGCAGCUCAAGGGGCAGCACUGCAGCCCAGAGAGCAGCACGUACUCCACAGAGCAGGUUGGGACCCCGCUGUCGGAUCCGCUCAGCACCCCGCAGUCCGUCCAUGCCGAGACACAGGACGCUGACUAUCUGAGCGGCUCGGAGGACCAGCUGGAGAGGAGCUUCCUGUAUUGCAACCAGAACCGCAGCCCUGCCCGUGUCAACAGCAACUCCAAGGCAAAGCCUGAGUCGGUGUCCACAUGCUCUGUCACCUCCCCAGAUGAUAUGUCCACCAAAUCGGAUGACUCCUUCCAGAGCAUCCAUGCCAGCCUGCCCCUGGAGACCUUCACCAAGUACGUGACCAACGAGCGGGACUGUCCCCGGCUGCUGCUCAGUGCGCUGUCCCAGGAGGAGCUGGCCUCCGAGAUCAUUGUCCUGCAGGAUGCCAUCAAUGAGAAGGAGGACAAAGCCUGGCCCAACUCACCCAUGUUGAGCAAGGAGGCCACAAAAUCCCCCUUCCAGCUGGAGAACCACCGGCCAUGCCUGGACUCCAUGGUGAAGGGCUCAUGGCCCAGCCAGGGUGACUCCAGCACCCUCACUGAGCCCCUCAAGCUUGACAAGGCUUCGGGGGGCAGCACGGGGAAGGACUUUGGGGAUGAGGUGUACGAGGGUCCCCAGGUGGAGUUUGCAGCCACUGAGACCAAGGACACACUUAAGGAUGCGGACCCAUUGGCUUUCAACUCCAAGCCCAGCAUCCCAGCCGCUACUUCCAGUGCAGGGGCCUCUGGCUUCAGCUGCUAUUCGAACACCACAGCCAACUCAGUGGGCUCUGAAAAUGCCAUGGAGCACUUUGAGUGGCCAGAGGAGAACCUGGGUGAGGCGUGCCUCAGGUGGAAGGAGCUGGGCUCGGGUCUGCAAGCCUCUGACCUCCCCAAAGGCCUCUUCCCCAGCAAACUGGGAGGGUCCUGCAAGGAGAAAAAAAAUGCUUGUAGCUUGGACCUGUGCGAUGGUGAGCAGCCGGCCAAGAGUGAGACGACCCGGGACUUUGGCCAGCAGGCGAUGGAGGAGGAAGAGGAGGAGACGCUGACCUACGAUGAGGCCACAAAGGUGGACAGUGAGAGGUGGCUGCAGGACACGCGGCACUGCUGCACAGCUGGGGACUUCAGUGAGAUUCCUAUGAUCUCAUCACCAGAGCUGAAGGAGUCGGACCUGGAGGUGGAGGAGUACUCCUCACUCUGCGAGCUGGCGGGCACGGAACAGAAGUCGGUGCCCUACGCUGCCUCACCUCCCAAGCCUCCAGAGAUACCUGCUGUGCUGUCUGCCAGCGAGGUGCCCAUGUCUGCCGAGGAGACUGUCAGCACAAUAGAGAAGGAGAGUUCUGUGCCCUCGGCGCGUCUCUCCGGUCAGUCCAUCAUCCUGCUGGGCCCGGCAGUGGGCACGGAGACCAAGGUGAAGAGCUGGUUCAAAUCCUCCCUGCCCCACAUCCAGCCUGAGGAGGAGAGUGGGGGAGUAGAAAAGUCCCACCCGGAAGCAGUGGACUCUGAACCUGUUUUGUCACUUGGGGUGAAGAAGCAACCGGCACCUGAAAAUGCAUUGGUGAAAACAGAGCCUGUCUCACGGGGCAAGAACCUCCGCAACAAGAGGAUCCACUGCCGGCUGCCGGAGGAGGACAGUGCUGGCAACGCAGUGCCGAGCCCCUUCAGUGAGCUGCCAGCACUGUGCGUGGGGCCGGACGGACAAGGGGAGAUGCUGAGCAAGAAUGUGCACAGCCAGACGCCCAGGUUCGCAGCGGAGGGCUUGCCAGCACGCAUGUGCACCCGCUCCUUCACCGCCCUCGCUGAGCCCCGUGCCCCGGCGCCGCUGGAGGGGCUGAAGGCACCGAUGCACCAGGAGAAGCUGGGCAAGAAGCCGGCAUGUGGUGUGAAGCAGCGGGUGGCUUUCAAAGCCAGGAAGCGCAGUGGCCGGCCAGCCCCUAAGGUCAUCCAGAGCGCCGGUGGUGAUGCCACCAUCACGGUGUCCAGCUUGGUGCCGCCUGAAGAGGUGGUGGGGCCAGGGCCGACGGAUGGGGAUGUGGCAGAUGGUGGGGAGAAGGACCAGCGCUCGAUGAUCCUGCGCUCCCGGACGAAGACACAGGAGGUUUUCUACACCAAGAGGCGGCGGGGCAAGCGGGCGGCUGAUGUCCGACUGAAGAACUGCAAAGCACCCAAGAAGCUCAUCUCCAACAACCACCUCCCACCCGCCUUCAAGUUGACCCCCCCGGGCAGCCCCCACAAGGAGGGCAAGGUGGGCACCAGGAUGAAGCUGCCCAAGGCGGGGCCGGGGGUGGGCGGCAAGAUGUCAGAGCGGCCCCUGCACUCACUGAAGAGGAAGUCCACCUUCAUCUCCCCCAUCCCCGCCAAGAAGAGGAACCUCGUCCUGCGCAGCAACAGCGGCGGCGUGAAGGAGGAGAAGCCGGAGGGUCCCCACAGCCUCUUCAAGAAGAUGCCCGUGGCCAAGAAGGUGAAAGCAAAGCUGCCCCCCAAGAGCCCUGGCGAAGCCGUCCCCAAACCCCCCCCAGUGAAGGAGGCCCCCGACGUCUGUAUCAAAAUCACCUCGCGGGCGGCCUUCCAGGAGGCCACCAAGACCAAAGUGCUCCCUCCCCGCAAGGGCCGCGGCCUCAAGCUGGAGGCCAUCGUGCAGAAGAUCACCUCACCCAACCUGAAGAAGUUCACCUGCAAAACGGCCGCGGCGGCCACGGUGGCGGCCACCUACAGCACCUCGCUGAGCGUGGCGGGGACGGAGCGCGAGCGGGCGGUGAAGCACGGCAUUGUGGCCCCGGCAGUGGGUGACGCGCGGUUGCCCAAACCGGCAGCGGCACAGAAGGCGCCCACCGUGCCACCGGCUGAGCAGUUCUGCCGGAACCCCCACGGCCGAGCGCUGAAGGGGAAACCGGGCAGCGGGAAGAAGCUCUCCGCCGAUGGCUCGCAGAGUGAGGGCUGCGUGCAGGCUGCGGGGGCACAGCCUGGCUCAGCCAUGGCAGCCAAGAACAUGGCGCUGCUGCCCAAGAAGAGGAACCGCAAGGGCAAAGCGGCGGCGCUGGGCAUGGCCAAGGCACCCCUCGGCCCCGCGCUGCCGCUGUCGCCCCGUGAGCGUGCGGCCGGGCCGGGCGGUGGGGAUGAGGGCAAGAAACCAAAGAGCGAGGAGAAGGAGGCGGCGGGCAGCGAGGGGCCAACGGCGGGUGGGACGGCGCGGGGGACAAAGCCCCGGGCCAACCACGCCAACUACAAUGGCUACUCCAAGCGGCAGCGCAAGCGUUUGGGCCACGGCAAAGCCAAAGCAGUGCCAGUGCGCUGCAAGAACCGUGGCAAGCGGCGGCGGCCGGCCCAGCAAGCCCCGCUGCCGGACCCUGCCGAGCCCGAGAUCCGCCUCAAAUACAUCUCCUGCAAGAGGCUGCGGGCCGACAGCCGGGCCCCCCCCUUCGCUCCCUACGUCCACGUAGAGCGGCGCGGCGACUUCACCACCGCCUGCACCGUCAUCAACUCCCCCGGCGACGAGGCCCGGCUGCAGCGGGGGCCCUCCGGCACCGUGCCCAGGCCACGGGCAGCCCUGCCGGCCUCCUCCGCCAUGCACCUGGGGCCGGUGGUGUCCAAGGCGCUGAGCGCGGCCUGCUUGGUGUGCUGCCUGUGCCGCAGCCCCGCCAACUACAAGGACCUGGGUGACCUGUGCGGGCCCUACUACCCCGAGGACUGUCUGCCCAAAAAGAAGUCGCGGCUGAAGGAGAAAGCGCGGGCGGAGGGCGAGGAGGGCGGCGCAGCGGAGAGGCCCCGAGGGGUGGCAGAGAGCGGCUGGGCAGCCGGCGGCAGGGCGGGCAGGCAGGAGGGUGCCGCAGAGCCGGGCAAACCGAGCGUGCUGCGCUCCAGCCCCCGGGGUGUGUUCCGAAGGCUGCAGAGCUGCUACUGCUGUGACGAGAGGACAGAGGGCGAGGAGGCAGCCGAAAAGCCCCGGCGGCACGAAUGUACCAAGGCCGAGUCCCCGCCGCAGCCCGAGCCGGCGGGCGACACGCAGGAGCACUGGCUGCACGAGGCCUGUGCCGUAUGGACCGCUGGGGUGUUCCUGGUGGCAGGGAAGCUCUACGGGCUGCAGGAGGCCGUCAAGGCGGCUGCCGACCUGAAGUGCUCGAGCUGCCAGCAAGCAGGAGCCACAGUGGGCUGCUGCCAGAAGGGGUGUCCCCACACCUACCACUACGCAUGUGCCGUUGACACAGGUUGCUUAUUAACUGAAGAGAGCUUCUCUCUGAGAUGUCCCAAACAUAAGGUAAGCCCAGAGCCCUCGUGUUUUUCCUCAUGUCUCCAGCCCAUGAGGGAGGUGGAUCUGCUUUCAGACCUUGUCACCAUGUCCGCCAGGACAUCCCACUCCCCAGCACAGCCACUCCCAGUUUCAGCCUAAGUGGUCAUCAUAGAAUCGUUACUUCCUGGGGGACACCAGGACACCCAUGUGACCCUUGAAGUUGUGACAAGUGGGGGCUGCACUCCUGCCUCCUCUUGACAGACUGUGGGGUUGUGUCCCCUUAACAUGGAGCAGGGAGAGUGUUGAUUUAGCUUGUGCUAAAAGCACACCCUCAGUCCUUAUGGGGACGUCCCCAUCAGCUGGGGACAGAGGGGCAUCCCCCCCACCCCACCAUGUGCCUUGUGUCUUGCCUCCUGCUAACACUCCAUCCUUGUCCCCACAGAGACAGCCGGUGUAGCAGCACGGGAGGUGCACGGCCCCCGCCACCAGCGAGGGACCCGCAGGGGGGUGGCAGUGCCACCAUCCCCAUCUCGGAGCCAUCGGGGGUCACCAGAGGAGUGUGGCCCCCGGGGUGGGCACAGCGCUGCCGGCCGCCCCCCAGCCUCUCUCCCCAGAGCCCCUCCGGGUGGGCAGAGCCCCUGGGGUGUCAGAAUGGGGCCGGGGGCACGGAGCCCCCAGUGCGGCGUGACGGGGUCACCAGUGGUGCUGACACCCGCACGGCGAACACAGAGACUCUGCUCCAGGACUAUGUGAGCUGCACAGGGGUGGGAUGGGGUGGGGG